AUGGCGUUCGCGUGGAAAGCAGCAGGCAUUACGUACGUCCCAACAUACAUCGUGGCCUACCGCGGCCUCCGGGGAGGGCAUCGAAGCAGGGGUACUAACCCGAGAUUCUUUCGCACAGUUACAACCGCUACCUGUCGGUCGCCUCGCGCGUCGUCCGCCGCUCGCUGAAGGAGGAGAAGAGAUUGCAGGCCGAGAAAAGAGGAGAGCAGGAACUGAGAUUCGCCAAGUGGGAGGUAAGGACGCCCCGAUACACACGAAGCACAUACUAUGAAAGAGGCGUCGAGUGGGAGACACAAAUUUAGUAUUUGCCAGGGAAGACAUGUGCUGACUGUGGGAACAAAUAGAAUGGCAAGCAAAGCGAGAUGAAAUCUGUUGAGGAUGCCAACCAGCAUGCUAUGCAGCAGCAGGCUGGCCAAACUGCGCAGUAA